AUGGCACCCGCCCCGACUUCGACCGAAAACAUUACUCCGCCGCGCAGCAGUCAUGGCUAUACGGACUCGUGGGGAUAUGCUCAUCCCCAGAAGGAGGACCUGGACGACGAUAUGAAUGCCACCACGAACCACGACUACACGCAUAAAAAUCACUACUCUAAUCAAAACGGCAACUCGAACGUACCAUCCUACCACUCUGCCAUGGACCGACCUAGUCGCAAGAGGAACUCACAUGAUAACCUCUCGAGCGUCAAGGUACGCAACUCGGUUGACGGGACACACUACGGUAGCGAACCCAAGACGAGCCCAACUCUAGAUGACGGCUCUUGGGCAACCUACGGACCUCACUUGAAUGGUGAUGAGUAUAGCCGAAACGCCGUGCCCUUGGAAAAUGCCGUCGUCCCCGACGAAGAAGAAUCCAAGUGGAUUCACCGAGACAAGUUGGCAAAAAUCGAGAGCGAAGAGCUUCAAGCUGCAGGCUUCUUUGUCCCCAGAACGCGCAACCAUAGCAAGCAGAGACGAGAUAGGAGCCGCAGUGCUAUGCGCCGAGGCACCGACGCGUCCGAACAGAGCCACGCCCCCAGGUCUCGCAAGAAUUCGACCGCUGUCGAAUCACGAAACGCCGAGCCAGUGGUGGAGAGCUGGGAUCUGCGAACUCCCGAAGAGAUCCGUGAAGAGGAAGCCAAUGCUUACUUCACUUCAAACAACCACAAGGGAGGCUCUCGCAUUCCGGUUGCAAAGGUUAGUCCAGUGCCUAUUGUUGUCGACUGUUUUGAGCGAGGAUCCAUUGUUUCGAGGAAGACGAGCGAGAGCCCCGAUGGAGAAGAAUCAUCUUUAACAAAUGAAAAGACUCGACCUGGAAGCGCACACAUGAAAGGGCCCGACACCAUGUCGCUCAACGGAAGCACCACCUUGGCUGCGCCGAAGCGCUCCGCUACCGAUACGUCUCCGAAGAAGCCUGCGCCAGGCGUCCGGAAGACGUCAGGGCCGGGCAAGACGACGACCACGACGGGUAGACCAAAGACGCGCUCUGGGUCUAUCGGCGGGAGCAUCUCGACUCGACCCUCUACUAGAUCCGGAGAAUUGUCUCCAGGAAACAAGGCCCCCGAGGGCGACCCCCCAUGGAUGAUCAACUCUUACAAGCCUGAUCCUCGACUGCCUCCAGACCAGCAGCUGCUCCCGACCGUCGCAAGACGUCUACAGCAGGAGAAGUGGGAGAAGGAGGGCAAGUUUGGCGAUGUCUACGAUAAGGACUUCCGGCCGCUCAACGAUCACGCCCUCCUGAGGCCCACAGAGCCCGCCCAGACCGAGAAAGUCGAAGAGGAUAAGGACAAGGAGAAGUCGCCAACAGAAGAUGAAUGGCCGCUCAAGCUCGAGCCGACAAAGAGUCCGACUCAACGCCCAGGCGGAUACUCUACCAUGCCCAAGAUCUCGGACAAGCAUCACAGCCCACUGCCGAGCCCAAGGACGCCAGUCACACCACAUGCACCACAAGAGGAACCGAAGCCUCAACCAGCUUCCCAAGCUCCAGCGCAACAACCACCACCACCUGCUGACGACGACAAGGGUGGCUGCGGAUGCUGUGUGGUGAUGUAG